UGGGUAAGCAAACAGGUAGGUAGGUAGGUAGGUAAGCGCGUAUAUGUAACCACAGGAAGAGAAUACUUUCACUGCCAGAGUGCGGCUGGAAGUCUUAAGAAGGACAAGAAGACUAGGCUGGAAUGAACGAUUGACAAGGAUGGUGAGAGUGAAAUGGAUGGAGGUAUAUCGGUGCAGUACUGUACCGCUCUUCCGACUAUUAUUACCGACUUCAUAGCGGACACUCGACUGUCGUCGCGUUACCUGGCGAACUUCCAGUACCCAGAGAAUCCUUCCGGUAAAGUUUUAGCGGUAACAAAAUCCUUAUUGUGAACAAUAAGAAUCCUCGUGAUAAAGUUUAAAAUCGGAAUCGUCAUUAGUUCUGCAGUUUUUUUUAUGUGUAAAAAAUACUUAGAAUAAUCAUUGAAUAGCUAUUUAUUUAUCGGGCAGUGACAGUGUUGGUGCAAUCUUGAUCGCAGAAGAAUACGAGUAUCAUCAAAACAUGGAUAUAUUAAGAAAACGAUAAGAAUACACAGAUUUUGAUUAAACAUAAUGUGUUAUAUGUAUGCAAUGUGGUAAUGCUUCUAUUCUGGAAUCAUGCAAAGAUUGUUAUAAAAACUUCGUUUACAUGAUUAUGAAUUCAAUGAAGUUGAUUAUACAAGAAUGCGAUAGAUACACUGAACUGUGUACAUACUCAUCAAAUAGCAUUAAUGCUCCCGUAUAGUACUGCAAAAAGUACUAUCUCAAUCAUUUUCAUCAUUAUGUGCCAAAGAGGAAGUCUUCGAGGUCUUUGAAAGAAUCAUAAUACACAUAGCGUAUUGCUCACUGGAAGUUACGAAAGUGGAAUUAUCUUAUUACGAUUACAGAACAAAGCAGUAAUGGAAAUAAUUAAUCGAAAUCAAUGGAAACACAAUGAAAAGUAUAAACAUCGACGUAUCCUUCAAUAUUCAUGAGACUAAAAUGAUUGGCAUAGAAGCUUUAUUACAACAUCCAUACCAAGUAAUUGAACAAUGGAGUUCAAUGAGAUAGCAAAAUUAAUCUAAAGAUACUAAAAAUUACCAAGGCGAAAUUAUUUUCUCACCAAGAUGGUCUUUAGCGCAAUAGUGGUGACAUCAGCUCUGAAAGGUGCUAUUGGUUUAGUAGGCACAGGUUUAUGGCUCGUACCAUUGUUAAUCGCGGGUCUCUCUUAUUAUCGUUAUGAUCAAUUGGAUCCUGAGAGUCGACCCAUCGACAAGCAUCCUCUCUAUUUCGAAUAUGAUUUCAUCGUGAUCGGAGGUGGUUCAGCUGGAGCGGUAAUUGCUAGUCGACUAUCGGAGAUACCAGACUGGAACGUAUUAUUGCUAGAAGCUGGUCCAGAUGAAAACGAGAUUACAGACGUGCCGUCUUUGGCUGCAUACUUGCAGUUGAGCAAGUUGGAUUGGAAGUACAAAACCGAAGCUACAGGUAAGGCUUGCUUGGCUAUGAAAGGCGGUCGUUGUAACUGGCCACGUGGUAGAGUUCUUGGAGGUAGCAGUGUCCUCAACUAUAUGCUAUACGUGCGAGGUAAUAAACAAGACUAUGAUCAUUGGGAGUCGUUAGGUAAUCCCGGCUGGGGAUACGAUCAAGUUCUGUAUUAUUUCAAAAAAUCGGAAGAUAAUCGGAAUCCAUACUUGCGGAAAAGUACUUAUCACGCGUCUGGCGGCUAUCUAACGGUACAGGAGUCACCAUGGAAAACGCCCUUGGUAGUCGCUUUUGUUCAAGCUGGAGUUGAAAUGGGAUACGAAAACAGAGAUAUAAAUGGCGAAAGACAGACAGGCUUUAUGAUAUCGCAAGGAAAUAUUCGCAGAGGAAGUAGAUGCUCUACUGCGAAGGCUUUCCUGCGGCCUGUACGAUUACGUAAAAACAUUCAUAUAGCUAUGAAUAGCCAUGUGACGAGAAUCGUGAUCGAUCCGUUGACCAUGAGAGCAACUGGCGUCGAAUUUGUCAGGAACGGUCGCAAGCAGAUAGUUAAAGCGCGCAAGGAGAUAAUAUUAUCAGCAGGUGCCAUAAACAGUCCUCAGAUCUUGAUGCUGUCGGGAAUCGGGCCGAAGGAGCAUCUACAGCACAUUGGUAUUCCUGUUAUCAAAGAUCUUCAGGUUGGGGACAACCUUCAGGAUCAUAUAGGAAUGGGCGGUUUAACAUUCUUGAUCGAUAAGCCGGUCGCCAUAGUUCAGGAUCGUUUUCCGGCAAUUCCAAUGAUGAUGCACUACGUGAUUAACGGCAGAGGUCCCAUGACGACUUUGGGUGGUGUUGAGGGUUACGCCUUUGUAAAUACAAAAUAUGCUAAUCACUCUAUUGAUUAUCCGGAUGUACAAUUCCACAUGGCGCCAGCCUCCAUUAAUUCCGACGCGGGAUUGCAAGUUCGAAAAGUUUUAGGACUAACAGAUGAAAUAUACAAUACCGUUUACAGGCCAAUCACGAAUCGGGACGCCUGGACCAUCAUGCCUCUUUUGUUGAGGCCCAAAUCUCGUGGUACUAUACGCUUAAAAAGCUCUAAUCCUUUUCACAAUCCUAUCAUCAACGCAAAUUAUUUUUCCGAUCCUAUGGACAUUACAAUCUUGGUGGAAGGUGCGAAGCUUGCAAUCAAAGUUAGCGAAGCGAAGGUUUUUAAACAAUUUGGCUCGAGACUUCAUCGCGUCAAACUACCAGGUUGUAGACAUCUCAAAUUUGGUACUGAUGCUUAUUGGGAAUGUCACAUUCGACACAUCUCUAUGACAAUCUACCAUCCUGUAGGCACCGCCAAAAUGGGACCGCCGACUGAUCCUACCGCCGUAGUAGAUCCAAGAUUGCGAGUUUAUGGUAUCACAGGUCUUCGAGUUAUUGACGCGUCUAUCAUGCCGACGAUAUGCAGCGGCAACACGAACGCUCCUGUCAUUAUGAUCGGCGAGAAAGGUGCCGAUCUCAUUAAACAAGAUUGGUCGGCUACAAUCGUUAGCAAUUAAUCGCGGAAGUAAAUGUGUGUUCCAAAAGUACUGAAAAAAGCAAUUUGAAUUCGAAAUACUAUAAUAACUUCACUUGCUCGUAGACGUUUCCAUUAUUUAGGCCUAUUGCGUAGAAGCAAUUGUUAUUUCGAAACAAAAUAAAAUAUAAAAAAAAUGUAAAGACUUCAGAAAUUUUAAACUAAAAUAUUUACGUAGCGAUAUGUUAUGUAGCGGUAUUAAUGAUCUAACCAAGUCGUAACCGGUAAUCGAGUCGUAACGGAUGUACCCAAAAGACUAAUAAUAAUACGUUUGAUCAACUAAUUCUAUACAUUUCUGUCGAUAAAUAAUAAUUUAUAAUUAUUCCAUAAGCAAUGUGCAAUAAAAGUUUGACGGUAUGUAAAUGACAUAAAAUAUACUAGAGUUUUAACUAAAUUAAAAAUUAUAAUUAGGAUUAUACAAAUUUUGUAUAUUUAACAAGUUAUUAAUAGCAGAGAUGCGCAAUAAUCCGAUCAUAUGUUAUCAUUAUAAUGUUAAAUGUGUAUAUCCGUUUAAUAACAAUAGAAUGAUUAUCGUGUAAAACACAAUACAAAAAAUUGAAGCAAAGAUAAAGAUCGAUAUAAUCAAUAAAAUAAAACUUAAUAAUAAACGAGGCCAGUUCAGAGUAAAGAGUCACAAGGUUGUACAUAAAAACGAUUAAGCGUGUGGUAUGUUUCUCAGGUACAGCAUCAUUAAAGUUUUCCGGUUUUCUUAUGUGCCAUAUGAGUCUGGCGUUUUCCAUUGAAUAAGUUAAAGGUUUUAUUACCUAAAUAAAACGCAUGUAUAUAUUAUGCAGGAAAAUAAUUAAUAAUUCUUCAUCGUAAUUCUUUGAGUGAGAUUAUAAUUUGCUACUUGUUACUUUGUUGUCUAAUAUACA